UACAAGUAAACAUAGAUAUUAUACUAGAUCUUCCGAAUAUAUCCAUAAUGGAUGUGGAGAUAUUCACCUUCAAUUACAACAGCAUAAGUUAUGUGAAAAAUUAGAAUCUCAAGAUCCUUUAAUUUCAAAACCAAUGGAUGCACCAUCCACAAUUGCUAAAACCCUUAGAAUCUUAAAAUUCGGUGUUGUUAUUGGCAUGACAGGAUUGCUAAUAGCAAAUAUGCUAGAACAUUUCGUUGGUCAAAAUGCUGCGAUAUGCGAUAUUAAAGAUGAUUUAAACGAUGUGAAAGUGAAGGUCGGAGAUUUGGACGACAAAAUAAAUCAACUAAUACAAAAUGGAACCAAUGAUGUCUUAAAUGAAAUUAAAGAAUUAUUCGCAGACCAGAAUAGAAUAAUAAUCAAUAAUAUUCCAAGUUUGGAUUACAUAAAAAAAUUGCUAAAAGAUGCUUUGUCACAAUAUGACGCCGAUAAGACAGGGCGAACGGAUUUUGCAUUGGAAUCAUCUGGCGGUGCUAUAGUCUCAAUUAGAAGCACUGAAAACUAUGUAAGAGGAGCUCCCACGCUUACUUUGUUUGGUAUACCAUUAUGUAGCGGAUCAAAUUCACCACGUACAAUUAUUCAGCCUAGUACUUUACCUGGUGAAUGUUGGGCAUUUAAAGGCAGUUCUGGUACAGCUGUAAUAAAACUUUUGGGUAGAGUAGUUGUAACUGGGGUGUCAUUGGAACAUAUUCCAGCAUCAAUUUCACCCACAGGUGAAUUGAAAACGGCUCCUAAAGAAUUCUCAAUAUGGGGCUUGACUUCGGAGGUGGACAAUGAAGGUGCAUUUUUAGGACAAUUUAUUUAUAAUAUUAGUGGGCCUUCUGUACAAUAUUUCCCAGUUAAUAACUGUUAUAAAUCCUAUAAUUAUGUAGAAUUUAAAGUUAUUUCUAACCAUGGGAAUCCUGAAUAUACAUGUGUUUACAGAAUACGAGUUCAUGGAAAAUUGGAUGGACCAAGAUUGUAA